AUGGCGAGCGAUGGGGUGCUCCGGCCAUCGCCGCCGUCCCCCGCCCGCGGCUUUCAUGUUACCAAUAAUACACCGGGCGAAAAGCCAGCAAGUCUCCUCACCCAGCAUCAUCCACAAGUCAUAAGCGAUCGAGUCGUAGCUCCAGUGGUCGCCAUCGUCACCGUCAACGGUCCCUUGGCGACCGACCAGGCCCUGUCAUCUCCAGACUCCAAGCGCGCCGACGACAAGGAGUCUUUCUACGGCGAGAAUGUCGGCGCCUUCGAGGUUGCUUCGCAGGUCGAGCUCAACUAUAGGUUCUAUGAGCCCCCUGACACUUACGAGGGUAAGAAGCGAUGGGACCCCAAGGCCGAGUGGACCGAAGAAGAAGAGACAAAGCUCAGCAGGAAACUUGACUGGAAGGUCAUGUCUUUUGCUUGUCUGUGUUUCCUUGCCUUGCAGCUUGAUCGUGGUAACCUCGGUAACGCCGUGUCCGACGACAUGUUGAGUGAUGUCGGUAUGACCACUGCCAAUUAUAACAUUGGCAAUACCAUCUUCUCCCUUUGUUUUCUCUUCGCUGAGCUUCCUUCCCAGAUGAUCUCGAAGAAGCUCGGAAGUGAUGUCUGGAUCCCCAUUCAAAUGAUAUCCUGGUCCGCCGUCGCAAUGGGCCAAAUGGGUAUCAAAGGACCCCAAUCUUUCUACGCUACGCGUGCUCUUCUUGGUUUGAUUGAGGGAGGUAAGGCAACAUUAGCUUCUCGCGCCCCGGUGACAACACUGAUACUGUACCUCUCGUCAGCCGCCACCGAACUCACUAUCCGUCUCUCAUACUUUUGGUGUGCACUGACAAUGACCAACAUCAUCUCGGGUUUCCUCGCUGCUGGUCUUCUACAGAUGCGAGGUGCGUUCCCAUCAUCCCAUUGGCUAUUCGUCAUUGAAGGGACAAUCACAUUCCUAGUCGGUCUCUGGGCUGCCUUCUACCUGCCUGCCAGUCCCACCCAGACCGCAAAAUGGUGGAGGAAAGAAGGCUGGUUCACCCAACGGGAAGAGACUAUCAUUGUCAACAAGGUCCUUCGGGAUGACCCUUUCAAGUCGGACAUGCACAAUCGAGAAGGACUUUCCCUCAAGCAAUUCUGGGAAUCGUUGUGCGACUAUGACCUUUGGCCCCUAUACGCUCUUGGUAUCACGUCAUUCGUCGCGCCCAACACCAUCAGCACUUACUAUACCCUCACUCUCAAAGCUCUCAAAUUCACAACUUUCCAAACCAACCUCAUGACUAUCCCCGGCAACGUCAUCUCCAUCAUUUUCACCCUGAUCCCGGCCUACAUUUCCAAGAGAGUCAACGAGCGUCUAAUCAUCGCUUCGUUCAACCCAAUUUGGAUGCUGCCGUUCAUCGUCGGACUUAUCUAUGCCCCGGAUGAUUUGAAUAGGUGGGUGAAGUGGGUGUUGAUCACAUUGACUGUUUCGCACCCUUCGAGUCAUCCGAUUAUCGUGUCUAUGAACAGUGGCAAUGCCGGCAGUGUCAGAACCCGUACUGUCGCCAGUAGUCUCUACAACAUGUUUGUUCAAUCGGCGUCUUUGAUCAGUUCCAACGUCUACCAGCCCACCGAUGCCCCAUACUACCACAAAGGUAACAAGGUUCUCGCUGGCAUCACCGGGGUUGCCAUCUUCAACUUUUGGGCUGCCAAGGCUUGGUACAUCUAUAGGAACAAGCAGAAGGCCAAGGUGUGGGACACAUAUACUGCGGAGGAGAAGGGGGAGUACAUGAAAAGUACUAGCGAUAAGGGUAAUAAGAGACUCGACUUCCGCUUCCUUCAUUAG